AUGAGUUCCUUUCUGGACAGACCAGCAGGGUCUCCUCCUUCAGGACAAAUCUCGAAUCUCGAUGACCCGCCAAACCUGCUUUUAGUGGGACGUGCGAUACUUCUGCUGACUUGGUUUCUGUCCUCUAUUCCCGUUUUCAUUCGCCUGUACACGAAGAUCUUUAUCGUUCGCGAAUUCAGAUUCUCCGACUGUAUGUAUCUCGGACUCGGCAUGGGCUACCUAGCGACGGGCUGGCUGAUCAACGAAGCUGCACCAGGCGUAGACCAGUGGAACCUGCGCCUACGAGAUUUCAUCAGGAUGCUUUACCGCGACCUAUUCUUCUGGAGCUGCCACAGCCUGGUUUGGCUGAACUUCAUCUUCUAUACGAUCUGCACCUUCCUAGAAAUUUUCGCCUGUCGCCCUCUCUCAAAAGCCUGGGAUGUGCUAAAUACCGACGGAUCCUGCCUCGUGAACACCCGACUCAUCAACAUCAUCUCGAGCGCCUUCAACUCGGUCUCAGACCUGAUGCUUCUCCUCCUACCACAGACGCGCAUUUGGCGACUACACGUCAAGCUCCGCAAGCGGGUUUUCGUGUCCGCGGUCUUCCUGUUCGGUGUUCUGGCCACUACCUCAUCGAUCAUAAGGCUGGUUUAUACCGUCUUACUAUACACCACAACCAAUAAUCUGUCGUACUAUAGUUGGAUGGCAGGUGUCUGGACCCUCCCGGAGAUCGCAUGCGGGAUCAUCGCAGGCUGCCUUCCUUCACUAGCGAGAUUCUUCCGUCAUCUCGCUCGGAGUACUUUCUUGGCCGAAUUGAGGAGCUUUCCAUAUAACCUGAUCCGAUACUCAUCGCAUCCAAGUCGAAGACGCCCGGACGGGGACGGUGAGGAAACUACAGCGCAAGUAAACAAGACUCGGGGCGUGCCGGAUCGAUUCCUGCUUGCUUCUUUUGCGAGUGCACGCGCAGCCGCUUGUCCCGCGACCCAAGCCGGUUGA